AUGAAUUUAUCAAAUAAUAAUAAUGGUAAUCUAAGUUUUGACUCAGAUGUUGGUGGUCCAAUGCGUAAAAGUUGCAGCAAUGUUUCUUUGGCUAGCUCAGCAUAUACUGGAGGUUGGGUGGUUUUGGAUAUUCUUGGAAAGGAGUUCCGUGCAUCAAAGAUUUCAUUAGCUAGAGAUCCAACAUCGUAUUUGGCAAAAAUGGUUGAGGAAGACGUUGAUCCGGAUCAAUUAUUUACUGAUAGCGGCGGUUUAAUAUCUUUUAAUCCAGACUCAGGCAAUGGCCGUUGGCAAUUGGACGCUAAUCCAGAUUAUUUUGAAUAUAUUCUCAAAUAUUUGCGAAUUGGAAAAAUUAAUGGAGUCAAACCUGGUCAUUCUUGGGAAGAUUUGUUGGAUGAAGCAGAAGUUUUGAAGUUAAGUAAAUUGGCUGAUAUUUGUCGACAAAAGAUUCACGAAAAAAAUGUUUUGCAGCAACGAUCACUCUCAACGUCCACUUCACCUUCAAAUACUUCGCUUUAUGGAGGGAUUGGUGGUGGUUCCUCAGCUACAACUCCUUCAUCUUCUAUUCAUCAUUUUCAACCAUACGGGCCUCCUCCGCCAAUGUUUUGUCCUCCAGGAUUUUUUCCACAUCCACCACAAAUGGGACAGCCUCCGCCUUUAUAUUCUCAACCGCCUCCUGGUUUUGAACAAUUUACUAUUAAUAAUUCAAUUCCAUCGCCACCUAUUCAACAUCAACAGUUUUCUCAACAUCGAAUGAAUUCUUCAUUUGGAGGGCGUGCUGGUGGAAUAAUGGGCAUCCCACCCAAUUUUCAAGAAAAUAUUUUGCAACAGCCAACUAGCCAAGUAUCGUCAGCUUCUGCUUCAAUAAGUAAUAGUUCAAUUGGGACUUUAAUUGAUGAUAAUAAUUCAAAUAUUCAACAACAACAAACGAAUUUAAAUAGAGGAGGAAAUAAUUUGGGUGGAUUACCUCGUUUAGAUGAACUUCCGAUGGAUGAAGAACAACUUAGAGGACUUUCAGCUUUUGAGAUAAUUAAUGAAAAUAAUUUUGUUGAAGAAAAUAUUGACAAUGAAAAUGUUGUGGAGAAUGGUGGGAAUAUUUUUGAAGAGGAUUUGGGGAUGAUGAAUGAUUGUGAAGAAGAGAGGAAUGAAAAGACAACUAAUAAUGAUAUCGGACUUCCGAUAACUCCAGAGGUUCAAAAUGAUGUUACAAUUCCUCAUAUAAUAAAUCAAUCAACUACUAUUUGGGAUGAUUUGGAGCAAGAAGAAGAGGAAACUAAGGUUAAAUCUACUCCUUUGGUUACUACAAGCAAUACGAAUAAAAUCCCUGAGACUAUUGAUGUUGAACAACUUGAGAAUGAUGAAAAGAAGGAUAUUAAUAAUUUUAAUGAAUGCGGGAUUAGCUCUACUGUUUUUGAGCCUCCUUCUCAAAAAUCAAAAAUUGUUGAUACAUCAGAGGAUACAUUUCAUGAUCGACGAGUUCCAGCUUUUGAGCUUUCUACUGAUGGGCGAAUACAAAAUUAUUCCAAAAUUCUUUCAAUACGUAAACGGCACACACAGGAAUUUUUGAAGUUUUUGUCUCAAGCUGAUAAACCAUUAGAAUUAGCAUAUGCUAGCAAAUUUGGUGUUGAUUUUGGCUGUGUAUUGUUUUAUUUGCAACGUCUAGCAUCUAAAUACCCUAAAGGAUGUGAUAUUAAGCAAUAUUGUGAUUUUGAGUUGUUUAUGAAAUCUGCUCGUCAAAGCGAAAACAAUCAUUAUUUUAACAAUACAAUACCAAGUGCUGUAUUGCUUCUUCAAUCUGGUGAUCUUUUAAAAUUUGAUGAGAAUGGAAUGAUUUUUGUUGCUGAACCUGUUUGUAAAGUUCGGCUGCUUUGUCUUCGUCAAAAUUUAUGCUCAAAUCUAUUUCGCUUUUUAAUUCGCCGUAAACACUUGCAAUAUAGUGCUACUGUUGAACUUUUGCUUAAUGAAAUGAAAUUAAUGGUUCCAUCAAAUGUUGAAUCCCCGCCGGAUGCUCGAUGUCUUCUUUCAAUUUGCAACAGAUUUCCAGCAGUUUUUGAGCUUGUUUGUAAAGAGAGUGAAAAUUUCAAUUUUUAUCGUGCUUCUGUAGCUUUAAAUGAAUCAAUUGUCAAAAAAGAUGAAAACCUUUAUUGGCGUGUAGUGCUUGAUUGUGAAUAUGCUAAUAUUAUAAAUUUUGAGUUCAAUGAGGAAAAUAAUAAUUAUGGAUGUUCUUUUUGUGAUUGUGAAAAUUGUCAGUCUUUGACUAAAGAAAAUUAUUUUGGAGGAGAGGGAGGAGUUAGUUGUUCUGCUUAAAAUAAAAAUACAUAAAUUAAUAGAGAAAUUGUAUGUAGUAGUUUUUAAUUUUAAGAAAUUUUUUUGUUGACUUUUAAAGUUUUUAUUUAUUAAUUUAUUUGGAAAAGAUUUUUCUGUUUUUUUAAAUUUAAAUUAGAGUAUAAAUAUUUAAAAAUAAAAAAACAAAAGUUUUUGAUCAAUUACGUGGGGGGGGGGUGAGGUAAUUAUUGUUAAUGUAAUUAUUUGAGUAAUAUUUAUGAUACCUCAUAGAAAUUCCGAAAAUUAUAGGUUUUCCGGAAUUUUUGACAUGGGUUGUCUAGUUGAAUCGAAUUAUUGUAGUUUUAGGAAGAUCGGGGUAUGGCCUAU